CAGGGCAGCUGGCCUGGAGCUUAGAGCCAGGGCGUGUGCCAUGGCCCCACACUGGGCUGUCUGGCUGCUGGCAGUGGGGCUGUGGGGCCUGAGCAUUGGGGCUGAGGUGUGGUGGAACCUGGUGCCCCGGAAAACAGUAUCCUCUGGGGUGGCCAGCUGUGCUUGUAUCCCUGGCAACCUGGAUUUGGGUAUGCUGGAAAAAGGGGUUUCCUACGACAAGAAGUGCUCACACCUUCUGAACGUCCUGCCCUGCUGGAUCGGGGGCUGCGUCCUGGCUGCAUCCUGAUGUGGGCAGCAGGCAGCAGAGCAAAGAAGGAAGCAGCUGCCUAGCUCUGCAGCCGGAGGUGCCGCUGACCCUGAGAGUGAGAGCGUCAGUCUUAUGGCUUCCUCUGGCCGGAAGCUGUGGCUGAGAUAUCCUUCCUUCCUCCUCACCAGCCCAGAUUUGCCUCCUCCCAGGCUGGGAAAGGCCUUGGAGCCCUGGGUGGAGCUGUCAGAGCCAAAAGGCUAUUCAGAAAAUUUGCAUCAGAAAAUGCCCUUUAUUUUCAGUCAGGGGGCUUGGCUGCCAACUGCUUCUGGGGCACUGGCUAUAAAGUGAGAAGUGGGUAACUAGGCCUAGUAGACCAUGGUCUGCCGGAGGCUGGGGUGAGUCUGGUGUCCCACGAAGGCCGGCCCACCCGCAGCCCAGCUCCUCCCACCUUGUCCCCGCAGAGCUGGCCACAGUGGUGCGGCGGUUCUCCCAAACGGGCAUCCAGGACUUCCUGACGCUGACCCUGACUGAGCAGACCGGGCUUCUAUAUGUGGGGGCCCGGGAGGCCCUGUUUGCCUUCAGCGCGGAGACUCUGGAGCUGCAAGGAGUGAUCUCAUGGGAGGCACCAGCUGAGAAAAAGGCCGAGUGUAUCCAGAAAGGGAAAAGUAACCAGGUGCGUGCUGGGGAUGCUGCCAGGAAGGCCAGCAUCCCAGACGGAAUGUUUCAACUUCAUCCGUUUCCUGCAGCCAUACAACAUGUCCCACCUGUACGUUUGUGGUACCUACGCCUUUCAGCCCAAGUGCGCCUACAUUAACAUGUUCACCUUCACUUUGGAGCGUGGAGAGUUUGAGGAUGGGAAGGGGAAGUGUCCCUACGACCCAGCUAAGGGCCACACAGGCCUCCUUGUGGAUGGUGAGUUGUACUCAGCCACGCUCAACAACUUCCUGGGCACAGAGCCUGUUAUCCUACGUAACAUGGGGCCUCACCACUCCAUGAAGACAGAGUACCUGGCCUUCUGGCUCAACGAACCUCAUUUUGUCGGCUCUGCCUACAUCCCAGAGAGCGUGGGGAGCUUCACGGGAGACGAUGACAAGGUCUACUUCUUCUUCAGUGAGCGAGCCGUGGAGUACAACUGUUACACAGAGCAGGUGGUGGCUCGCGUAGCCCGCAUCUGCAAGGGAGACAUGGGAGGCGCGCGGACCCUGCAGAGGAAGUGGACCACCUUCUUGAAGGCAUGGCUGGUGUGCUCUGCCCCAGACUGGCAGCUCUACUUCAACCAACUGCAGGCACUGCACACCCUGCAGGACACCUCUUGGCCCAACACCACCUUCUUUGGGGUUUUUCGGGCACGAUGGGGUGAUGUGGACCUGUCAGCAGUCUGCGAGUACCAACUGGAAGAGAUCCAGAAGGUGUUCGAGGGUCCCUACAAGGAAUACCGUGAACAAGCCCAGAAGUGGGGCCGCUAUACCGACCCAGUACCCAGCCCUCGGCCUGGCUCGUGCAUCAACAACUGGCACCGCCGCCAUGGCUAUACCAGUUCCCUGGAGCUGCCUGACAACACCCUCAACUUCAUCAAGAAGCACCCACUGAUGGAGGAGCAGGUGAGGCCUCGGUGGGGCCGGCCCUUGCUUGUGAAGAAGGACACCAACUUCACCCACCUGGUAGCUGACCGGGUUACAGGGCUUGACAGAGCCACCUACACGGUGCUGUUCAUUGGCACAGGAGGUGGCUGGCUGCUCAAGGCUGUGAGCCUGGGGCCCUGGAUCCACCUGAUCGAAGAGCUGCAGGUUUUUGACCAGGAGCCCCUGGAAAGCCUGGUCCUGUCCCAGAGCAAGAAGCUGCUGUUCGCGGGCUCCCACUCUCAGCUGAUUCAGCUGCCCCUGGCCGACUGCUUGAAGUACCGCUCCUGUGCAGACUGCGUCCUUGCUCGGGACCCCUACUGUGCCUGGAGCGUCAACACGAGCCGCUGUGUGGCCGUGGGCAGCCACUCUGGAUCCCUGCUGAUCCAGCAUGUGAUGGUCUCAGACACCUCAGGCAUUUGUAAUCUCCGUGGCAAUAAGAAAGUCAGGCUCACGCCCAAAAACAUCACCGUGGUGGCAGGCACAGACCUGGUGCUGCCCUGCCGCCUGUCUUCCAACCUCGCCCACGCCCGCUGGACUUUUGGGGGCCAGGACCUGCCUGCAGAACAGCCUGGCUCCUUCCUCUACGAUGCUCGACUGCAGGCCCUGGUGGUGAUGGCCGCCCAGCCCCGCCACGCCGGGGCCUAUCACUGCUUUUCCGAGGAGCAAGGGGCACGGCUGGCUGCCGAAGGCUACCUGGUGGCUGUGGUGGCAGGCCCGUCAGUGACCCUGGAGGCCCGGGCGCCCCUGGAAAACCUGGGGCUGGUGUGGCUGGCCGUGGUGGCCCUGGGGGCUGUGUGCCUGGUCUUGCUGCUGCUCGUACUGUCACUGCGCCGGCGGCUGCGGGAGGAGCUGGAGAAAGGUGCCAAGGCAGCGGAGAGGACCCUGGUGUACCCAUUGGAGCUGCCCAAGGAGCCCAGCAGUCCCCCCUUCCGGCCUGGCCCUGAGACAGAUGAGAAACUGUGGGAUCCUGUGGGCUACUAUUACUCGGACGGCUCCCUCAAGAUUGUGCCUGGACACGCCCGGUGCCAGCCCGGUGGAGGGCCCCCUUCUCCGCCUCCUGGGAUCCCUGGCCAGCCCCUGCCCUCUCCCACUCGGCUGCACCUGGGGGGUGGGAGGAACUCGAAUGCCAACGGCUAUGUGCGCUUACAACUAGGAGGCGAUGACCGGGGAGGGCUUGGGCACCCCCUGCCUGAGCUCGCUGACGAACUGAGGCGCAAACUGCAGCAGCGCCAGCCGCUGCCGGACUCCAACCCCGAGGAGUCCUCAGUAUGAGGGCCGCGCCCACCUCACAGCGUGGGAGACGCAGCCCCUCCAUUUGCACAGGCACCAGCUACCUCAGGGACGUGUGGGGCGCCCCCGCCCAGCACUGCCGGCACAAGCACUGCUGCUUGGUGUGGCUCACCAAGGCACCAGCCUCACAGAAGGCAUCAUCCUCUCCGUGAGGGGCUGGGAAUCGCCAACACGCGGGACCCCAGCAGCCGAAGCUUUUCAAGGCAGAAGUUGGAUGGGUGUGUUUGUAUAUAUAUGCGUGUGUAUGUGCGUGUGUUGCACGUGUGUGUGUGUUGUGGGUAUGUGUGACAUAGUCUUCCUGUUUCUGUCAAGUUUUCCCUUGGCCUGGGGUCCUCCUGGUGAGUCAUUGGAGCUAUGAAGGGGAAGGGGUCGUAUGACUUUCCUUCUCCUAUCCCCCACCUGUCCCCAGCGUGGGGGCAGCCAUGUACAUAUGGGGUGGGCUGGGCAGGGUGCUGUGCCCCUUGCGGGGAGUGCAGGGCUCUGGAGUGGGCCUCUCCUGCUCCUAGGGCUGUGAAUGUUUUCAGGGUGGGGGAGGGAGAUGGCGCCUCCUGUGUGUUUGGGGGAAGGGUGGGCGGGGCAUCCCGCGUGGCCCUGGGGUUCAGUGGUAUUUUAUACUUGUCCUCCCUUACAGGGCUGGGAAAGGUUAUGAGGGGGGAGGGGGAGGGGAGGGGAGAGGGUGGGCAUGCUGUGGGUAUGGCAUACCCUCUCCCAGCCCUAGGAAGAGGGCUCCUAACAGUGUAACUUAUUGUGUCCCCACGUAUUUAUUUGUUGUAAAUAUUGAGUAUUUUUAUAUUGACAAAUAAAUGGAGAAAAUGAAAUUGG